AUGAUAGGCAAGCGCAACUUCUUCUCUACUCUCCUUCAGCGCGCCUCGGGCUCCAAUUCCAACCCAACCUCACCCGGCCCUUCCUCCGCCCCCGGAUCAGCAAGUCGCAAUCCGUUUGAAUCUACCUUCAAUCGACCAACUCAUUCCGAUGGCACUCUUCGCGGUCCGCACAACCGCUUAGGCCUCGAGUCCCACGGGACAUCCAGUCAACCCAUGGAUGCUGCGAAUUCUGACAAGACCGCCAGCCCCGGGAUGAAUUCUUCUUACGCCACCGCUCUAACUUUGGGGUCCAUGAAUCUCAAAAUUAGCCCCUUAACGCCCACCUUACCCGCCUCUCGAAACUCACAGCCUCUUUGCGGUGCAAUUCUUGAUGACAAAUUCUUGCUGAUCGGAACCAAUAGUGGUUUGGACUUUGUCCCACUCACUCCAUUCACCAAGUCCUCCAAUAGCUCCGAUCGGUCCCGUGGAUCUGUUCAUACCGUCAAACCAAUCAGCUUGAUUAAAAAGACCAGGUUCAAGAGUUUGAAGGUUCUCGAAGUAAGGAGUAACAUUCUUUUGGCGAUAGCUGGUCGGAAUGACCAUCUUCGAGUCUACGCACUUGACGGGAUCAGAGCAAUCGUUGCGAAAAAGAUUCAAGAUCUGGAAGAAAAGGAGGAUUUUGUUUGGCUCCCAAAGACGUUAGCACGAGUCACCCCACACAAGGGUAAAGAACGCGUUGCCAAUGCCCCAGCUCAGCCCAACGCAUCCAACUCACCGCAAUACUCCCCACCUCCACCGUAUGGCGGUAAGCUGGGACCCGGUCAGACGAUGGCCAAAUCCAGUUCCUGUCAACCUACCACAGUCGCCAACCAACCCAGUCAGGCAACCAAAUCGCCCGUGAAAACAGCCCUACGCCGUAGUAGUACUGUUGGUAGUCGACUCCCGAGCGGAACAUCGGCUUUCGAAGUAGCCGAUACUCGUAGAAGCAGCCUACACAGCACUUCUGAUUCCUCAUCUUUCGUCUCCCCACUCGGACUCUUAGGCCCGACACUCACAUCAGCUCUUCAGUCCUUGAGGGCCGAAAAUUCUGAUCAAUUACCUACAAAUCACAUGGCUCUCGGCCGCGAUGCUGUUCAAGUUGGUCUAGAACAAGCGACUGAAGAAAGGGAGAAUGGCUCUUCCCAGCGUGGACCACCUCCCAUAAUCAAUACCGAUGAUGUUCUCGCUCGUCGGCCCAACAUGACCGGUAUUCAUGAAGGCGAGCGGACAGGCAAACCUGAACCCAACAAUGGACAAGGGGAGCCCGCAGGGACCGCCUUGGUAGAAGUGAUCAAGAAGCGUUCCCAAUUGCUAGCCCAAGCCGGUAAACGCAUCCCAAAUCCCAACUUGCCGAUCCAACCGAUCACAAGUUCUCGCCUCGUUCCUCGGUCUGCCUUAGCAACAGAUACUGACAACGAGUCUGUGGAUGGCAGUCAAGUCAACCUGGUUGAUGUCUUGUCCCAACCCGCCGCCAACUCCGCCGCUCUUGGGAUCAGCGCUUCCGCCCCAGCGCGUGAACCGCGUACCUCGAUGGGAGAGGUCCCAUCUGUUUUAAAGAAACCCACGGCCAAUACACAAUCUGUGCCCGGGCCCCCAUUAAACGCACCGAAUGAUGUGCAUCCGCAGAUUAAUGUCACCGAUGAGAUUGCCGAACUGGGCCAUCACCCGAUUGUUGGAUCAACUUCCCUUCCAAGAGCUGGGCUCAAUCCAAUGGCAGACGAUGCCUCAAGAGCGAACUCAGCAACACCGUCCGCUCUAUUAUCAUCGAGGACGCCGUCCCGAGUGCCCUCGGGCGUCAACUCAGAUCAAGAGAACCAACCAAGCAGUCUCACCGUGCCCAGUCGAUCCAAAAAACGCUGGUCGGUUAUGGAUUCCGUCUUUCGCACCCACAAUGGUAGUAGCAGUAGUAGUGGAAGCAGUAACAAUAACUCCCAUAGCAAUUCACCUAACCCCGCUGGGCCCUCUGGCCUCCUUCCGGCUCGCUCUAGUGCUGAUGAUUCUCUCGUCAGAAGCGCUUCUUGCAAUCAGUUCUCACCUUCCCCAUUUUCUGAGGCCGCUAAUGGUCAACAGAACCCCGAAACCGCCAAGACUUCUCCCCACCCUGCCACGCUCGGCGCCCCCCUUGAAUACGUCAAAUUGGCUAGAACCAAAGGCGCUAAGUUGUUGAGGGCCUAUGAGACUAGACGCAGGACGUAUUUGGCGGUGCUUUGUGGGGAAUCUAGUGAAAGGAUUGAACUGUUUACCGGUUCUAAAAAUAUCUCUUUGUCUCUCAAUCGAACCUUUGUUCUACCUGAGACACCAAGAACGAUUGAAUUCCAGAUGCAAGGAGAUGACUUGGUUGACAUUUAUUUGGUGUAUGAUGAGAGUGUGUUUGCUCUGGAGCCAGCUACGGUUCGUGUUCGAGAAGUCGGGAUUGGAAGAAAUGAACGUCGGGCAGCAAGGAGAGAGCGAGAACGUGCGGCGCGUGAUCUAGCAUCCAUCAACAUGCGCCCAGCCGUGACCGCCACGGGAUCUAAUAGCUCGGCUGUGGCCCAUCAGAGUCGACGAUUUAUGAACGAUCCGACAGAAUCCUUAAUGGAAGCAGUCGGAGCACCUGCACGAAGCACCAUAUCCGCAUCCCCAUCAACAGUGGAUGACGGUCUCACGCUGUCUGCACCUGUCCCGUCGUCCUCCUUUCGACAAGCUUCCGCGGCCAACACCACGAGUAUUGCUAGUGGCUGGGGCUCACAUGACAGCCCAGUGGCAAGUGGUGGAAACCAUCCCGGUGCAGCCAAAGUACCCAACUUGUGGCCAUACACCACCUUCCAACAGCUCCAAUUCAUUCCACCCUUGCCGCCCUCGGUCCUUGCUUCAACCUUUGUUAUCCCGCCUACUUACGAGGCUGUCGUCACGGCCAGUGGGGGACCAAGGGCGGUGCAAAACUCACUCGUACCCCCGGAUGAGGACCCGGCUAGGACCCUAUCACCCAUCAACGUCGUCGAACCCGAAUCAGAAAACUUAACGAUUCCAUUGAAUCUUGCCGUUGAUCAACUCAGUAUCAAUAACGGCAGUAGUAGCGUUCUUGGUGAGGCUGGAUCCGAAGCCGGGUCGAGCAUCGCAAACUCCGGCGGCUCAGUUGGAGCCAGCAAGAUUAAUGCCAGCGAUGGCUCGGAAGCAGAGAUGGAAUACUCGGAUAGUGGGGAUGCGACAGUGACUGUUGAAAGUGGAAGACAAGUGCCAGUUGCCAGUCCGAACCCACAGACGAUCCUGGCCGAUGGCCCGUUACUAUCGCCGAUCAGCCUGUUAUCAAAUCCAGCGAGUCGACAGAUCGGUCCGCCGGGUCUGUUCCUGGUCACUAGGGGGAAGAAGGUGACGUCGAUUGUGGACUGUGAUGGGCGGAGUGUGAUGAAGAAGCCGUUUAUCUGGAUGAACGACAAACACUCGAAGCCGAGCGGGAGCGCAGCUGAGAACGGGCAGCAUCCGACGGGGUUCCGGAUCGAGGUGGUGCUGAUUGACGAGCGUCGGACGGUGCUUGUGGGACUGGACCAUCAAGAGGUCAAGCUCUUCGAGGUCGGAGGUCGGCAGGCGAAGGGUCUCGAGGAGUUCAGCAACUCUGCCACCCUCGACAUCCUCCCCCAUCUCAUCCUCGGCGGGUCCCCUAACGGCCCGACGAGUCUGCCGACCGGCGUCGGUGGCGGAAACGGCGUAGGGGUGAUCACCGCUCAGAGUUUCCCCUCCAGUCACAGCUUCCGCGAUCACCACCCUCAUCACCAUUCGACGUUGAACUUGAGCAGCUUGACCAACCUGACCAUCGGCCUUAGUAAAUGGAGCGACUCCUCCUCUCAUUCCAACCACAACAAUCACAACAGCGGGGGGAGCUCCUUCGCUGGCUCCCUAGCCGCGCCCAACCAGCCCAGCAAUCCUUCUUCCUCCUCGCCCGGAACAGGAGGAGGGAGCGGUCUUUCUGGAAACUCUUCGUCCAUCCUCAUCCCUCCUGUCGAUCGUGAAGUGGUCUUCUUGGCCUCUAGUGUCUCUCGAAAUUCCGUCAUCUGGUCCGAACGUAUCGGGAACUCAUUUGCGAUUUAUUCACUCUCGUCUUCUCUCCCUUUUCUCUCCCAUUCUCAUCCUACUACUACUUCUACUACGACUAAUCCUGUUACUACUACUACUACGAAUUCGAAUAUAAAUACAAAUACCUCUUCUUCUUCUACUUCCACUACUACUACUAAUCCUAACCUUAAUCAUUCUAACCUUCCUCCUACUCAACUCAAUCAUUCUCUUCCAACCUCUUCUUUAUGA